GUCACGUGAGGCGCGGAUGCGGGUUGGGAGAGGGGAGAUAGAGGGGGUCCGGGGUGGCAGUUACGGAGGAAGAUGGCGGGGUGCAGGGGGUCUCUGUGCUGCUGCUGCCGGUGGUGUUGCUGCUGCGGAGAGCGUGAGACUCGCACCCCUGAAGAGCUGACUAUCCUUGGGGAAACACAAGAAGAGGAGGAUGAGAUCCUUCCAAGGAAAGACUAUGAGAGCCUGGACUACGACCGCUGCAUCAAUGACCCAUACCUGGAGGUGCUGGAGACCAUGGAUAACAAGAAAGGGCGAAGGUACGAGGCGGUGAAGUGGAUGGUGGUGUUUGCCAUUGGAGUCUGCACCGGGCUGGUGGGACUCUUGGUGGACUUCUUUGUGCGACUCUUCACCCAGCUCAAGUUUGGAGUGGUUCAAACAUCGGUGGAGGAGUGCAGCCAGAAGGGCUGCCUGGCCCUGUCCCUCCUGGAACUCUUGGGUUUUAACCUGGUCUUCGUCUUCUUGGCCAGCCUUCUGGUCCUCAUCGAGCCAGUGGCCGCAGGUUCCGGGAUCCCUGAGAUCAAAUGCUAUCUGAAUGGUGUGAAGGUGCCAGGGAUCGUCCGGCUGCGGACCCUGCUCUGCAAAGUCUUCGGAGUGCUGUUUGCUGUGGCAGGCGGCCUCUUCGUGGGGAAGGAGGGCCCCAUGAUCCACAGCGGGGCCGUGGUGGGAGCUGGCCUUCCUCAGUUUCAGAGCAUCUCAUUGCGGAAGAUUCAGUUUAACUUCCCCUACUUCCGAAGUGACAGAGACAAGCGGGACUUCGUAUCAGCGGGGGCAGCCGCAGGAGUCGCAGCGGCCUUUGGGGCCCCAAUUGGGGGCACCUUGUUCAGCCUGGAGGAGGGCUCGUCCUUCUGGAACCAAGGGCUCACGUGGAAAGUGCUCUUCUGUUCCAUGUCUGCCACCUUCACCCUCAACUUCUUCCGAUCUGGAAUUCAGUUUGGAAGUUGGGGCUCCUUCCAGCUCCCUGGAUUGCUGAACUUCGGCGAGUUUAAGUGCUCUGACUCUGAUAAAAAAUGUCACCUCUGGACUGCUAUGGAUUUGGGUUUCUUCGUCGUGAUGGGGGUCAUUGGGGGCCUCCUAGGAGCCACAUUCAACUGUCUGAACAAGAGGCUUGCAAAGUACCGUAUGCGAAACGUGCACCCGAAACCUAAGCUCGUCAGAGUCCUGGAGAGCCUCUUGGUGUCCCUGGUAACCACCGUGGUGGUUUUUGUGGCCUCGAUGGUGCUGGGAGAAUGCCGACAGAUGUCUUCUUCGAGUCAAAUCGGUAAUGGCUCGUUCCAGCUCCAGGUUACAUCAGAAGAUGUGAAUUCGAGUAUCAAGACCUUCUUUUGUCCCAACGAGACCUACAAUGACAUGGCCACACUCUUCUUCAACCCCCAGGAGUCUGCCAUCCUCCAGCUCUUCCACCAGGACGGGACCUUCAGCGCCGUCACCUUGGGGCUGUUUUUCGUCCUCUAUUUCCUGCUUGCCUGCUGGACUUAUGGGGUUUCGGUUCCAAGUGGGCUCUUUGUUCCAUCGUUGCUGUGUGGAGCAGCUUUUGGCCGUUUAGUUGCCAAUGUCCUAAAGAGCUACAUUGGACUGGGCCACAUCUACUCAGGGACCUUCGCGCUGAUCGGAGCCGCAGCGUUCUUGGGAGGGGUCGUCCGCAUGACCAUCAGCCUCACGGUCAUCCUGAUCGAGUCUACCAAUGAGAUCACUUAUGGGCUCCCCAUCAUGGUCACUCUGAUGGUGGCCAAAUGGACAGGGGACUUCUUCAAUAAGGGCAUCUAUGACAUCCACGUGGGCCUUCGAGGCGUGCCACUCCUGGAAUGGGAGACGGAGGUGGAAAUGGAUAAGCUGAGAGCCAGUGACAUCAUGGAGCCCAACCUGACCUACGUCUACCCGCACACGCGCAUCCAGUCCCUGGUCAGUAUCCUGCGCACCACCGUGCACCACGCCUUCCCCGUGGUCACCGAGAACCGUGGCAAUGAGAAGGAGUUCAUGAAGGGCAACCAGCUCAUCAGCAACAACAUCAGGUUCAAGAAGUCCAGCAUCCUCACCCGGGCUGGGGAGCAGCGCAAGCGGAGCCAGUCCAUGAAGUCCUACCCAUCCAGCGAGCUGCGCAACAUGUGUGACGAGCACCUGGCCCCCGAGGAGCCGGCCGAGAAGGAGGACCUGCUGCAGCAGAUGCUGGAGCGCAGAUACACCCCCUACCCCAACCUGUACCCCGACCAGUCCCCGAGUGAAGACUGGACCAUGGAGGAGCGCUUCCGCCCGCUCACCUUCCACGGCCUGGUCCUGCGCUCGCAGCUCGUCACCCUGCUGGUGCGCGGCGUCUGCUACUCCGAGAGCCAGUCGAGUGCCAGUCAGCCGCGCCUGUCCUACGCCGAGAUGGCCGAGGACUACCCGCGGUACCCCGACAUCCACGACCUGGACCUCACGCUGCUCAACCCGCGGAUGAUCGUGGAUGUCACCCCAUACAUGAACCCUUCGCCCUUCACAGUGUCCCCCAACACCCACGCCUCCCAGGUCUUCAACCUGUUCAGGACCAUGGGCCUGCGCCACCUGCCUGUGGUAAACGCCGUUGGGGAGAUUGUGGGGAUCAUCACACGGCACAACCUGACACAUGAGUUCCUGCAGGCACGGCUGCGGCAGCAUUACCAGACCCUCUGACGCCUGUCCCCGCCUCCGGCUCACACUGCGGCUGCCACCGGCCACGCUGUCCCAGGACACAGAGGUUCCCAGAAGCCUGGGAUUGUCCAGCGCUUGCUGGUCAGAGGCGCCAGGAACGGUGUUGAACCAACCGUCAGAGCUGGGACUUCUCUGGCCUCCUCAGCAAGUACCCUGUUCCCUGCGCCCCGCGUCCCACACCCGGCAUUGGGGGAGCCCUGCCACUGCCUUCAGCACUCAGGAGGGGCUCAGGCCGAGGCCAGCUGCGGAAUCCAGUUCAUCACUGAGUGUAGGAAUGGGGCGCUGACGAGGCUCCCCUCGGGCAGGCCGCCUUCCCUCAAACCUUGUCUUCUUUAAUCCAUCUGAAGGGGCGCCUUGGCUUCCUGGAGGUUCAAGUCUCCUAGGAGCCCCAGCCUGCAGGACAGAGCAUUGAGUGGUUUGCGAGUGAGAAAUUCGGGUGCAGGGUUAGACCACUGUCCCCAUCUGCAGACCCCUUCUCCCUGCCCAUCCUGACCGCUGGUCUCUGAGUGACUUCCUGGUGAGACCCUAGCUGCCGCAUAUCCUCAGCCUCACCUGCAGGGCCCAAAGUAGGGCCCCCUGAGACAGAUGGGCUUCCCUGGCCCCUGGGGAACGGGACCGUCUCACAUGUGGGGGGCAGUUUGUCCCAGGCCAGGUCCCUGAAAGGGACGUGUAGGGUGAAGCAGUGGCUUCUUCAGGAAGGACGCUAUCUUCCCCUCAGCCCUCUCUUCCUGCUGGCCACAGCUCUGUCCUCACAGGGAGUCACAGGCAGGAACUUCAUCUGGGCUCAGUGAGGGCAGGGGAACCUGUGGCCUUGGCCUUGAGGGAGGGAGCUGUGCCCCAGCCCAGCCCUGGUCUGGUCCUGGGUGGCACCCUCCCAGGCCUCCAGGCCCUACAGAGCAUGAACCCAGGGUAGGGUUUGCGAUGAUCUUCCCGCAGCCUCCCGUGUGUCGGCCUUGCCCCAGCAGCCCUCCUGCAGCAGCUGCCCCCGGGACUCAGAUGGCACCGUUUGCGUUUAGUGUUUUUAGACCCGUGAAGUCUCCUGAGGCCUCAGGGCCUGGGGGCUCCUGCCAGCCUGAGCUUGCAUCAGACCCGACCAGGCCACUCGUGUCUCGCGCGCAGUGCACUCGGAAUUGGCCAUGCCUGCAAAGGGCUGCUUCUGCUUCCCGUGGUCCUGCCCCUUACCCUGCUUACCUUUUUGACCAAAAUGACUCUGAUUUCUACAUUUCGCAGCUUCUUAGGAUGCCUUGACUUGUGACUUGGGGUGAUCCUCCCCGUAGACAGUCCAGGAAGUCAUAGCCUGUCAUGGGACUGUGUUCAGUGGGCGGCUGCUUCAUUUUAAGGCAGUGUUUGGAGCUCGACUUCCUCGCUGCUUCCUCUCGUGGGGAAGGAUCGCAGUUGCCAGGCCUGGUGGCACAUGCCUGUAAUCCCAGCUAUUCUGGAGGCUGAGGCAGGAGGAUGGAGAGCUCAAGGUCAGCCUGGGACACUUAGCAAGACCUCCCUUGAAACAGAGUGCUGGCGGUGUAGCUCAGUGGUGGAGCAGCUGUGUAGCAUGUUGAGACCUUGGGUCCCAGCUCCACUGCUGCAAAACUAAAAAGGAGACCAGGCGGGUGCUGUGACUGCCUGCCUGUCAAGUGCAUAUGCCAGGCGAUAGUGUGACUGUCACAGAAACUCCUCCUCUGUCCCCAGCCCUCGCAGAUAGGCAGAGCAAAAGCCCAGCCCAGACAGGGCAGGGCUGCAGCUGCCUGCCUCUCGGCCACCCUGGUGAACGUUGUUGGAAUUUAUCCCUCUUCAUGUCCUGUUGUGUUUGAGUCACCACCAGUUUAGCCCAGAAAUAGACGGUAGAAUGCAGACACCGCCCUCCCCCUGCAGCCGAUGGAUGGACGGACGGACGAAUGGAUGGACGGACAGCACCGAGGAGGACCUGAGCCAGGCUCCUGUCGGGCCGCUGCACACCCGCCCUCCCGUGUGCCUGCCCUUUCCAGAAAAGCCCAAAGACGACCCUCCACACAGGGCUGCGACUGCAUGCCUUGUGCCCUGCUUCCUGGUCCCCAGUGCAGAGGCACCUUGAGAAGAUGUCCGAGAGGGACUUGGCCUCUCUGCCGGCUGUUCCCGGGACCGGAGGGGGGCUGGCUGGGAGCCGGGUCCCCGCUCGGCCGUGGAGCCCGUGCUUUGGGAGGUGAUCUGCUCGUGACCUUGUUACACUAACAGCUCCUGGCUGGAAGGGACGCCUGCUUGUUCCAGCCGUGUGGGGAACGGUGGGGGUGCGGAACAGCGUGCUGACGUGGCCCUCGGUGGCCAGGAAGCUUCCGGAAGGGCAGCAGUGUAAACGGCAGUGCUGCCUCGGCCCCUCGGCCGUGGUCCUUGCCACGGAGCGGCUUCCUCCUCUCUGUUUGCACUGUUGGUUUGUAUGUAAUGUUAGCUAAUUCCACUGUGUAUAUAAAUUGUAUUUUUUUUAAUUUGUAAAGUUCUAUUUUUAUUUGGAUUUUUGGAACUUGGACAUUCUCAUGGUGACACGUCAGAAUAAAAUGUCUGCAUCUGUCUCCUUUAA